GGACAGAAGUGCUGUGAUGUGAAGUCAAGCUCUCAGCUGCUCCUCAGUGGGCGGGUCUUACCUGCACUAUAAAAAGCCAUGCAAGUUUCAGUGAUAGGGGAAGUGCGAAAUAUAUGACAGGAAACUGUUGACUCUCUUCCCAAUCUGAAGAUGUCGAGGCUCACUCUGUGGUUGUCAGUCGGGGUGUUUAUGUGGGGAUUUGCUUCUGGCUUAAUCACGUGUCCUGAUGGGAGUACUUGCUCAGACAUCGCUACCUGCUGCAAGACUGAGCGUGGAUAUGGCUGCUGUCAGUAUCCAAAAGCGGUGUGCUGCGCAGACAUGCUCCACUGCUGUCCGUCAGGGUAUCGCUGUAACCUGGUGACACAGCUGUGUGAGAAACUGGACCAGCCGUGGCUGAGCAUUCCCAUGGUGAAGAAGGAUGCUGCACAGAAACUCACAUAUCCUUUCCUCUAUAAACCAGCGCUGCCUUCAGUACCUGCCUUUGUCAUCCCUAUGUCAGAGGACACAGAGAGCAUGAAUGAGAUACCAGAGCCAGCUCUAACACACGUCGGCUCCCCUGAGGUCCAAGUCAUUCGCUGUGAUUCUCUACAUUACUGCCAGGGGGGGAUGUCUUGCUGCCAGGCAUCCACAGGCCAGUGGAACUGCUGUCCCUACCCACUGGGCCAGUGUUGUGCAGAUGGUCUGCACUGCUGUGAGUAUGGAUACACCUGUGAUGCCUCCUCCUUGAAAUGCAGAAAUUCUUACUCUUGAGAUUUCUCAGGGCUGCACAAAUAAUGUUGAAACACGAUGCUGAAUGUUGAAAUUGCACUGUAACAGUUUAGAUCUUUUUUUUAUAUAUUUUUUUAAAUUUUUAAAUACUGUUACUUCAAGAUUUGUCAAGAUUUUGCUGAAAAUUAUUACACACACUGCCACAUCUGAGAUAGAAGCCGAUCAGCCUCACAAGAAGACAGCGAGCGGGCAAUUGAUGUUAUAUCCACGUAAGAUUACUUUAAGUAUCCGUUGGCUGUUUUGUGUUUAAAUUGAUGCUGCUGCGUCACUGGACAGUCACCAUUUAACUUCACAAAUUAGCUUCAAAAGAUUUCCUGCAACCAUUUAUUUCCACUGAGGUCAUGUUGAAAAUGUCUAAUGUCUGGAUUCUUUUCAUAAACUGAAAAAUCAAAGGCUUUUCUGCUAUUUUCAAGUCAAAUUGUGGCGUUUUUGUAUUGAAAGUUAAAAACAUAAGAAUAUUUCCAAAUAAAAAUGAUAGAAAUGUGA